AUUUAUCCGUUACUCCUCUCCGCCGUCUCUACACUCUCUCUCUCUCACUUAUCAUCAUCACACACACUCUGCUUCACAAGCAGGGCUUUCUGAUUCAUCUCCACCAUCUCAAUCGUUUCUGCUUCUGGUUGAUACCUUCAGCUUAAGCUCCAAGUAGAUCAAUAUGUCAAUGACGGAAGAAAGUAAGACGACGAAGCUCGAAUCGGCGGGAGACUCUUCGGAUGUCGAGAACGGGAACUGUAGCAGUAGCGGAAGUGGAGGAGGAGGAGGAGGCGAUACUAAAAAGACUUGCGUUGAUUGCGGAACUAACAAGACUCCUCUCUGGCGUGGUGGCCCUGCUGGUCCUAAAUCAUUGUGCAAUGCGUGUGGGAUCAAGAGCAGGAAGAAGAGACAAGCAGCUCUUGGGAUUAAACAAGAGGAUAAUAAGAUGAAGAACAACAAAAGUAACGAUAGCUGUCUCGCUCCCGACAAUCAGACCGUCAAAAACGGAAAAGGCGAUUCAGGAAGCGUCAAGAACAAGAUCAAGAAGACGGAGAGUGAGGAUUGUAAUGACAAGAAGAGUGUGAAAAGGGGUGGUAGAUUUUUGGAUUUGGGAUUUAAAGUGCCGGUGAUGAAGAGAUCGGUGGUGGAGAAGAAGAGGGUAUGGAUGAAGCUGGGUGAAGAGGAACGAGCAGCAGUGCUUCUCAUGGCUCUUUCUUGUGGUUGAGCUUUUUUUUUGUCUCAACUCCUUUUUUUUGGUCGGAAUGGUUUAGGAGAAGAGAUUAGGGCAAAUAAAGAAAUGAUGAAUUUUUAUGUGUAAUCCUGUCUGAAGGCUAAAGCUAAUGUUAUGCUACUUACUAAUUAAUUAAAUUAAUCGUUUUCACUCUA